AUGAAGGGCCCAAAGCGAAAGAGGCUAGCAAAGGCCUGCGAUGCGUGCCACAAAAGCAAACGCCGCUGCGAUGGAACAGCUCCCUGCAGCAACUGCUACUACGCCUCCAAACAGUGCACAUACACAGACGCCUCCGGCCGCCCCGUCCCUGCCCCCCGCCCCUUCAAGCCAGAGCGCCAGGACCCAUCCUCCUCAGCAGCAGACAACCGCCCCAUCCUCCCCGCGCCCUCGUCCAGCCAGUUCCGCAUCUACCCAAAUCCACCCCCGCAACAGCAGCAGCAGCAUCCGUACCAGGCCGACAGCGAUGACGAGCACAAACACACCCGCAAACGCUUCCGCAACGACCGCGGAAACCCCAUGCCCGUCGACGACCUCGUCAUCGACGGCCCCAUCUCCGCCGUAUCCAUGGAUCGCGCCGCCUCCGCAGAGCUCGACCCCUCUUCUUCGCCCACUGCCAUCCUGCCCGCGCCGUCAUCCACAAGCCCACCUUUGCCUCCGCCCUCAGCCACAAUCGCGUCCCAUCUCACCUUCUUCUCGCCGUCUGCGCUCUCGCCGCACCGCUAUCAAAACAGCCCCGCUUUCGGACAUCACCCACUCGAUUCGCCGGCAGACCGUUCGCACAAGAAGCUCUGUCCCAGAUGUUUGAUGGCGCAGGUCGGCUCGUCGUUGAGCCAGACCUCGCUGCUGCCCAGGCUCUCUGUGUUCUCCAGAUGCACGACAUCCUCACCAAAGACAAGACCGCCAUUUGGAGCUCCCGAUUUCAUGGUAAUACCCCCAUUGUCUCUCUCCUUCCCACUGCUGAUCAAAGAAGCAGACCUCGCUCUACAAAUCGUGGAGGGCCUCGGAGUACACAGUCCGGAGCACCCGACGCUAACCCCGGUCCCAUCCCAAGAGUUCGUCCAGCGCUCCAUCGAGCGCGAGGCCAUCCGCCGCAUCUUCUGGCUCAUCCAUCUCCUUGAUGUCAUGGCUUCUAUCUACUUCAAAAAACCCGUCACAUUCACCGAUAGCGAGCUCCGUCUGAGGCUCCCUGUGGACGAAACAAGCUUCGAGUUGGGCGUGCAUUCCACAUUGCCUGAAUACCUCUAUCUUCCGGCGGUUAGGACCCAGUAUGCCUCCGAGUUCGGACAUCUCAUUCGCAUCGUCUCCAUUUACGCGAAAAUGGAAUACGCGCUCGACGAACUCAACGGCAAGUCGCCCACAGAAACCUCAUUACACCCAGAGACGGCAUCCAAUCCUUCUGCGAUGUUGAUGGAGGCUGAAAACAAGAUGAAGGAGUGGGAUCGCACGCUACCGGAACACUUGCGGUUCUCCGAGCAAAGCCUACAGGUCCAGCAAAGCAUGUUCGAAACCAGUUCCAACACCGGUGCGUGGUGUUGGUGCAACAUCCACAUUCACCACGCUUCUUGCGUCCUUGCACUUCAUACUGGAAGCCGCACGCACCGAGGUCCUAGACCAGACGCUUCGGAAGCGCUUCGGAAGAUUGACUUGAUAUUGCAAAUGCUAGGCGACCGCGCGAAGAACAGCAUACUCAGUUGCGUGUUUUUCAUUGAUCUUGCGGUUUUUUUUGUUUCUCAUGAAAUCCCCUUCUUGAUAGUGGGUACUGCUCUUUGGUCUCUUGUCAAAUAUUGCAAGCGGGACGACGCUCAGAUCCGCAAAUGGGCUCAUGAAUACGAGGAAAGUUGGGGUACUGCAACUUUCGAGCUUGUGCAAGACUGGCGUUCCCAUCCGUCACCGCCGCAACAGCAUCAGUACCCUCAUCCGCAUUCUCAGCAACCCCAGCAGCAGCAACACUCGCACACUACUUCUCAUGGACAUCCCCAACAGCCACAUCAAGUCCCACACCGCCGACUUUCUGAUCCGCCUUCCUACAGUGGCAACGGUGGCGCCAACUGCGUAGACCAUUCUGUGAAGCGCUCUCCCAGUCACUCGCCCCCCAUCUCUUAUCCCCUCGGCCGACCACCCAACUCCGCGAAUAGCAGCUCCAGCAACCACAACUCUAAUCGACCCUUGGGCAUCAAUCCGCACGAGAAUAACGCUCUCCCGGAUUCUUCCAACGGCAACGGCGCAGGUAGCUCUAGGGACAGUGGACGAACGGGGCAAGGGCAACCUUCAGCUCCACCAGGGUCUGGCGUCGGCGUCGGACCGGCUUUGGGACAUGGUGGGAAUGGAAGCCAAGUGUCGAUGUCCCAGAGCCAGCCGCAGGGCGUUCUAGGGAAGUUCGCGGGCAGGGAUCAGGCGAAUGUGACGCAGCAUCCGCGCUGGCCACAUCUUGGCGCGGGAGGUGCGGCAGCGGGGGUGAAUGGGGGGAUGAGUGGGCCUGGCGUCUCGGGCGAUGUGACCGUGGGCGUGGGCGUGAACAGCGUGUCAAUGGGACCUGGCGGAGGUGGAAAUGCGGGCCUUUCGAUGAAUGGGUCUGGGAGUGGGAGCAACUCUGUAGGAGGUGGCGGGUCUUCGAACACAGCGGGACAAAGGAACCUCAGCCUGUUGGACGGGAGCCUCCAGCUGCCUUCGCUCAAGUCGAGUGGCCUGUUAGACUCGUGGUCUUUGAGGAAUAACCAGGUGGCAAAUGGAGCUGCACACCAGCAGGGACAGCAGCAGCAGCAGCAGAAUACGACAUCGCCGCGGAGAACGACGCCUCCUGGUGGUGGUGGUGGUAGUUUGGGCGUGCCGUCACUGGCUCAGCACCGUUCCCUGCACCAUCAUGGGCACUCUGGUUCGUCGGAUCUGCGACCCUCGACGACGCUUGCUAUGCCCGUAGGUCUGCAGUGGCUUGCGAACGAGUCUCAAUAA